AUGACUUUGAUCAUUCGUAGCAAGACUGUUACAACGACGACAGGACAAUGGCACUUUGUCCUACACGGCGGGUGUUCUGAGACUUGCGCAGACGUUGAUCGUCAGCGCGAGACCGUUGAGAAUCUCCGGUCAGUGGCUGAGAGUGUCUCUAAUGCUCUCAGCCAAGGAGCCACAGCUAAAGAGGUGGUAGUUCUAGCCGUUGCGGCCCUGGAGGACUGCCCCACCUUUAAUGCGGGACAUGGAGCUGCUCUUAAUGAGGAGGGAGUUCACCAGCUCGAGGCCGGAAUAGUAGACGGCGCAACCAAGGCCUACGGCGCCGUCGGGUUGCUUGAAACAACCAAAAAUCCCAUCCGCUUGGCCAACGAGCUACUCGAAAAUGGUCCGCACACGAUCAUCGUUGGCCGCGCGGCGGAUGACUUGGCCAAGGAAUUGGGCCUGGAGACAGUCCCCAAUAGCUAUUUUACCACUCCGUUCCGUAUAACUCUCUCGGAGCGUUCGAAAGGCAAGAAGAUUGUGAGUGGGGGAUCGGGUACAGUUGGAGCCGUUGUCCUUGACAGCCACGGUCAACUGGCUGCGGGUGGUUCGACGGGGGGAGGCACGGGGAAGAAGGAUGGGCGGCUGGGGGAUACUGCACUGCUCGGAGCCGGUUUAUAUGCUGAUGACCGCAUAAGCGUUGUUUGUAGCGGCGCUGGAGACGAGAUUCUGAAGCACUCUGUUGCCGCCGCAGUUGCCCAGUACCACUCUAACGGCUAUAACUUGCGUGAUGCUGCUCGUCAAGCGUUGGCACCUGUCUCACAAGCGGGGGCAUCUUGCUCAGUGGUGGCCCUAGAUGCAAAUGGAGAGUCUGUUGUGGAGUCUAAUGCACGACACUUUCCCGUCUCCUGGGGCAGCUCUUCCACAAGCCCCGAGUCACUCAUCCAUCCUACGACUAUACCUGUGCUCCAGACACACAUCUUUUACCAGGACAACCAAUUGAUCAUUGGACAUUCACGUUAUCCAUCGACUCGUGGCCACACCCUAGCUGCGUUCAAGACAGAUGUGGAGAGCCUAUUUGACUUGUCCUUGGAUGAGUUCGUGCGCGCGAUGAAAGCCAUCCGCACCGUCACCUCGGCGGUUCGCAAAUUCUAUCAGGUAGGUCGCUGCGCGCUGAUCACCGAAGGUAAAAACGUCCUCUCAAUCUGGCCUCUGCAUGGCCUAGGUCGCGACUGGAAACCAAUCACGAGUGACGUGAAGGAGUACCAAAAAUCAUUCCCUGGUUAUAUAUCUUCUUACGAUGGCCCUAUGAUGGCUUCUGAGCAGCUAGAUGAGAUCUGCUCCAAGAUUCGAUCCGUCUCGGGACUGUCGGACCCCUUGAACUAUCGCUUCGAUGGGCCUGAUGAUGACAAUAAUCUGUUUGCUCGGAUUAUAAGGGGCGAGCUAUCGCAGUGGCGGGUUUGGGAGGAUGAUGAACAUGUCGCCUUUCUCACUCCAUUUCCUAAUACUGAUGGUUUCACUGUGUUGGCGCCUCGGGCCCAUCUCUCAAGCGACGUCCUCUCUCUUGAGGAGCAGUCCUACACCAAGCUGAUGGCAGCAGCACACACAGUGGCCGGUAUUCUGAUGACAGCUUUUGGCGCUGAACGUUGUGGCAUGAUCUUUGAAGGAUUCGAGAUUAACUACGCCCAUAUCAAACUCAUCCCAAUCCAUGCCCCGGUCGAUCCGCCAUUUGAUACUGUAGCUCCCUUUCAUGAGACAUACCAGGGCUAUGUGAGCUCUCUCCAGGGACCAAUAUGUCCAGACUGUCCGGGGCUUGUCCGCACAUCCCAGACUUUGAGACAGAAGAUUGUCGCCCCAGAGAGUGCAUCUCCACCACGUUCAUGGAGUGAUCCCAGUCGUCAUCUGUUGACAGUCUUACAAGACCCUUGGUACGAAGUCUUGUUCACGGUUCAGGACACCCUUUUUCACACCUCGACAGACUUUUUCCGCAAGUCCCAUGGCUACCAAUAUUGUCUUGUACCUUCCACAACCGACGCCGUUAGUUCGCCGAUGGGUCUAGGUUCGGACUCUCUGCCUGUUUCAGUAUCGCUCCUAGGCCAGUCGACCUACUUGGCUGACUCGAUGCAGUUUGCGCUGGAGUAUUUUCUUCGCAUCAGAGACACGGUGCCGGGUGUAUACUAUAUCAGCACGUCUUUCCGUGGCGAGGACCAUGAUGCGAGACAUGUCAAUCAAUUCCAUCAUGUGGAGUGCGAGCUACGCGGUUCAUUUGCACAGGGUAUCAAAAUUGCAGAAGGCUAUAUCCUCAAUCUCGUAGCAACGCUCCUCCGCGACCAUGCGUCCCUCAUCCAGGCUAGCACCGCCGAUGGUUCAGGUCGUCUGGACCACCUGACAUCGCUCCACGACUAUGCAAAAUCCCACGGAGGUAGAUUUCCGCAGAUCGCACUCGACGACGCGCUGUCUCUACCGACCAUGCAAAACACCAAAGCAGAGAUUAUCUGGCGACCUGUCUCCGACUCCGACUCCAGCAAAGGUCGCACACUGACUCCGCUCGGCGAGCGACGGCUCCUUGAACAUUUUGGCGGCGGCCCCGUUUGGGUGACGGAGAUGGACCACCUCUCUGUUCCAUUCUACCAAGCUUACACCGAUUCCGCUCGGAGGAAAGCUCGUUGCGCGGACCUGCUUUUGGGAUCGGGUGAGGUUCUUGGUCUAGGAGAGCGCCAUGUAUCUGCCGACGAAGUGCGGCAUGCAUUGAAUCUCCACCAAGUGGCGGACAAGGGCAAAUAUAAGUGGUAUACUGAUGUACGGGAGAGUAAACCGUUGCAGACGGUGGGCUGGGGUAUGGGUAUUGAGCGGUUUCUUGCGUGGGUGUUUCGGCAUGAUGAUAUUCGAGAUUUGUUGAUUGUUCCUCGGUUGAAGGGAAUGUCAUUUGCGCCGUAG